GCCCGGCACAGUCAGGGAGAGGUCACCUUCUCCAUGCCUUACUGAGCUCUGAGAAGUCUGAGAUUCAUAUUCAUCUUUCUAUCCACUGUCCUUCACAUUCUCAGCCACCAAAUUGGCACCAGCUUGGGCGCUAGUGGAUCUGAGGAUGGAGGACACUAUAGAUGUUUACAUGGAUGAAUCUGCAGAGAUCCCUUGCCUGUACACUUUCACCGAGAAGCCCACAAUGGUCAUGGUCCAGUGGUUUGUGCGGGAACGUGAAGGUCACCGGGUAAGGAUCUCCUACAGCGACCUGACCAUGCAGAAGGUGGACGAGAACACGAGCUACAGCAAUCGUAUCAGUGUGCUAUCAAACAGUGAUGGAGAAACUCUGACCAUUCAGGACGUUAAGCUGUCUGAUGAAAGAGAGUUUUUCUGUCAGGUCAGUGGUUUGGCAGCAGGCAAUGGAGAGGGCAGGACUCUCUUGAAGGUUUUUGACCCCCCAGAGGCUCCUGUUAUUGAAGGUGUCCUCUCUGGAGUUUCUGUGUCCGGUGACUCCCCACUGAAGAUUGCAUCUUGUGAGACCAGAGAAGGCUUUCCCAAGCCAAACAUCACAUGGUACCGUGAUCACAUCCCCAUCCACCCCACCAGUGGCUUGGCGAACGUGGUAACACUAGUGACGAAGGAAUCCAGUGGUCUAUAUACAGUGCAGAGUGAAUUGCAUUAUAAGGUGACCAAGGAAGACAAAGACGCCCACUUUUCCUGUGAAGUCAGCUAUUUUGUCCCAGGAGCUGUCAGGACAUCCGAGUCCAAAGGCAUCAAUAUUACAGUUCAUUACCCCACGACCAGCGUGAAGAUAUGGAAAGACUGGCCUGAGGGCUUGGUCAAAGAGAAGGACAAAGUGAAGAUCCAUUGUCAAGGCGAUGGGAACCCCCCAGCACCCAUCAUUUUCAACCGAGAACAAUCAGAUGUGGAGCUGGAUUCCUCUCAGGGGCUGCUGGUUCUGAAGGAAGUGUCUCGUGCAGAUAGCGGUGUGUAUGAAUGUCACUCUCUGGACCGUGAUGAGGUGGUGGACACCCUACAGCUCACUGUACACUAUCUGGACCCAGCUGUGGUGGUGCCCAAAGACUCCGAGGUCAUGCUGAAAGGAGAGAGUCUGACAGCCACCUGCAAUGCCCUGUCGUCUUUAGAGACGUCUACCAUCUGGUUUAAGGAUGGGAUUGAGGUUGGAAGAGGACACAUAAUGCAGCUGCAGGACGCCACGUUUGACUCAGCUGGACAGUACGACUGUGAGGUGACUGUACCGUCUCUUCCAGGCCUGCUGACCAGCGGUUCUGUCCAUAUCAUCGUACAGGGCGCCCCUCAGAUAAAGGACGCGGAGAGGGAGAUUGAGCUGACGGAGAAAGUCGGGGCUUGGGUGAAUUUGAGCUGUGAGGUGAGAGGUUACCCUAGACCCGCCAUCACCUGGAGCAUCACCGGCAGUCAGUCUCAGAGCUGGCGUGAGGUGUUUAAAAAAGAGACGGAGGAUCAAGUCCACAGCGUUGUGAUUCUUAAAGUUAGCACUCACACUAUUGCUGUCUGCAAUUCAACAAAUGACUUUGGAAUAGAGACCAAGACUUACAGCAUCAAGAGCAUUCCAUUCUCCCAGACUCCAACGGCUAGAAAAACCUCGGCUGAUAAUAGUGGAGUGAUUAUUGUGGUGAUUAUUGUCAGCAUCCUGUUGGUGGCCAUCCUGGGCAGUGUCUUCUACUUCCUGUAUAAAAAGGGCAAGUUACCCUGUGGACGCUCAGGCAAGCAAGAAAUCAUUAAUGCCUACAGCACAAAGGAAAAGACUAACAAAGAUGACAUCGUAGUAGAGAUGAAGGCAAAGAAGACAGAGGAGUCCGUACUAUUGAAGGGCGUCAAUGGGGAAAAGAAACCUCCUAAUGACCAGAACAGCACCCUUAGCAAAUAAGUGAAGACUUGUGGGCGACUAAAGAUGGCGACUGUACCUCCCUACUGACCCAAAAAUCAAGUCUUAAGAGCUGGAGGACCUCUUGUGGAGCAGCCACCUCCUCUGGAUAAGAUGGACUGUACUUUUGUAUCUCGUGUGUGAGCAGCAGUAUCCAUGCUUGGAUACAUGGGACGCAAGCGAUAAAGGAAGAUUGUUCUCUGUUUUCUACUCUUCACCAUUGUUUUUCUUCAACCAUUGACCAAUUACAAGACCACGAGCUUCAUCCAUUAAACACAAGCAAAAUGAAUUACUGAGUAAAAACAUUCUUACACCCUGUCUACAUCUAAUGUGAGCACCACGUUGCAUCAAAAACCAAUAGAGUGCUGCAGGGAUGAAUUUUUUUUGUAGGCCAAAGUCUGGAAACGAAUUUCCAUCAUUCAUUAUUGUCUGAAAUAAGGUCUCUGGCUAAUACAAGUUCAGGAUAUUUUGACGGAUUAUUCUGACACAAAAUACAGAAACCCAAAAGUUGAUGGAAAAAUCCCGUUGGGUUUUGCUCAAGAAAAACAGGAUGAUGCUUACUUUAGAGUUGGCCUACAAAAAUAUGUCAUCACCUCAAGCACAAAUUAAUGCAUUGAUUGAACUUGACCAUUUGCAUAAAAUUGGUUUUACAAAUGAAUUCAUUCUGCUUGUUUCACUAAUGAAGCUCGAUGUCCUCUUUAGACCACAAAAAUGUAUAUAUAAUAAAUAUGCUUAGCGAUUGAUCCUACUUGUGACCUUAUUCGUUCCAGAUGUGCUUUCUUAGCUCUGUUCAGAAAAUAUUUGCGAUUUUCAGUCCUUUUCCGUCACUCCUGAUGUUCCAGAAAAUCCCAAUGGACCAAAUAAUAAAUGCAAAUUCAGUUUGAAAGGCUAUCCAUUCCAUAGAGGCAUUGAGAAUAACAGAUGUGUAGUCUUCAUAAACACACAGACCUUCAUGAUAUUAAGAAACCCAAUCCACCCUGCAUAACGGAAUAAACAUGUCCCCGGCAUUCAGUCAAUGAUACUGAGCUUACACUUAAUAGAGUGUAUAUGGUCCAACUCAAACUACUGCAGAGCUCAUGUACUGUUUGUAAAUAGUCGUAGGGAAGGACAUUGUAGCUCUUUGUGUUGUGACUGCUGAGGGCAAUCGCAGCUCCCUCUGUUUCUGCCUCAACUGCAGUGCCUGCGGAAAUGUGUCUUUAUUCACAUCAAUGUUAGUUACACUGAAACCUUUGUGUUGUCUUCGUUUGUUUCAUGCAUGUCUUUGAAUCUGGUGAAGGGAAAGUUUUGUUGUUUUCAUAAAUGCCAUGAGAAGCAGCCUAAAGAAGUAGCCUAAAAACCUAUGGUUCCAUUACAAUUUUUGAGACCUGUCAUUUAUCGAUUAAUGUGAUUUGUUCUAAUGUGCAGAGUUUUCUUGUUUCAUGUUCUUGAAUGUGGCUUUGGCUUUUACUUUUGUUCAAUAAAGACGUGACACAUGUUAUCUACAUCAGCGCUUGAGGAAACUAAACCCUAAUAACUCCAGAACUAUUGUUAAAACACUAAACCACACUUGGACAAUUCAUAUUUAAUUAUAGCUCAGCUCAUGUAUUCUUCUCAUGUUGUUUUAUGCUUAAAUUCCAUCAAAGAAGCUAAAAAAACUAAAAA